AUAAAAGUAAUCCCCCCUGCUCCAUCUUUUCUCGGAUCCUCGUGACGCGUCCCGCUGGAAGCCGCUCCUCGCCCCGCAGCCUGCUGACAUGUCCCGGCCACGAGUCUUCUUCGACGUGAAGGCCGGAGAUCGGCCGCAGGGCCGGAUCGUGAUGGAGCUUCGUGCCGACGUGGUUCCGAAGACGGCGGAGAACUUCCGGGCUCUGUGCACCGGGGAGAAGGGCUUCGGCUACAAAGGAAGCAGCUUCCACCGCGUCAUCCCGGGCUUCAUGUGCCAGGGCGGCGACUUCACCAACCACAACGGAACCGGAGGAAAGUCCAUCUACGGGAACAAGUUUGCUGACGAGAACUUCCAGCUGAAGCACACCGGGCCCGGGAUCCUGUCCAUGGCCAACGCCGGGCCCAACACCAACGGCUCCCAGUUCUUCCUCUGCACCGCCGAGACAGCCUGGCUGGACGGGAAGCACGUGGUGUUCGGCUCCGUGGUGGAGGGGAUGGACGUGGUGAAGACAAUCGAGUCUUUCGGGAGCCAGAGUGGGAAGACUUCGCAGAAGAUCGUCAUCGCGGACUGCGGGCAGCUCUGAGCUCCACGCCGUCUUCCUGGUCGUCCUGUAGCCACGCCCCCUUUAGGCCCCUCCCUCCAACAUUCAACAUUCCCAUUGGAGAUUGAGCCGAUCGCCCCGCCCCUUUUUCAGUCUGUUGAAAUCAUGUUGCUGCAUCUGACUUUUGCCUUCUGUCAGUUUCUUUUGCAUUAACGUUUUUUCCCAGAAUCCCUUUUUGUUGUCCUGUCAGAAAAAGAAAUAAAUCAUGCCGUGACGAAUGAA